AUGUCUUCAUCCGGCCAGUUUUGGUUUUUUCCAGGUUUGCAGGCUGGCCUCAUUCCUCCUCCCCCGCGGUCCGAAGGCGCUGGUUUUGAAUCAGUCAGACGGCUUCACCGGGACUACAAGGUUCUUCGUGAACGUUGUGAAGCCUGGCGUAAGCGCGAUCUGGAAUUGAGCAAUCAGUUGCUGGAAGCUUCGGUUCCCUCUCCCCCUCCGUCUCCCCCUCCCCCUUGUUUCCGUUCUGUUUCCGCUCCGUCUGCCUUCGCGUUCCUUCCCCCUCGCGUCACUCCCCUUUUUGCCCCCGGGACAGCCGGGAUCUUGAAGACCACGUACGGUCCCCGCAACAAGACUAAUGGUGGUUGCCACGUUUCCUUCGGGGAAACACAGGUCCACAUAGUUGAGCGAUGGAUUAAGCGUAGUAAGAAGGGAUCCCGUUCCAAGCCCAAGUCACGUUCGCCUCGUGUUACUGCUCACCCCAUCAAGUUCUAUGGGGAUCGUUCGUUGCCAUACAAGCCGGCCUCUGUCGACGGGCAGUUGGUGUCUGGUGAGUAUCCAGUCCCGUUUGUUCGAGAGCUCAUAGGUAUCUCACGCAAAGAACUACCCACUGAUAUCCCUGGUCCGGUCACCUGGGCCAAGGCCAUUGGUUUUGGUAUUGCGGCCUGUGCAGCUGCUCUGUUCACUCGGUGGUUGGAGGCAUGA